AUGCGAUCAGCUUGUAAGCAGGUGAUGUCAGAUGCAGAUGCAGCAUAUGACAGCCGCCGCCGCUUGCGUAGAGCAGACCAUUCCUCCUUCGAGGAAACCUGGCGUUGCGGACAUUUCCGUGGCACCACAGCCAGGCAACUGCUCAUGGGAUGCGGGAUGAUUUUCAACGAUGGUCUCAGGACGCUUCUUGCAGCUGGCGGAAACGCCGGCUGCCGCUUUCCGACGAGAGAACAGGUGCAGCUUGCGGGUGAAACUCUCUUUGGAAAAUCAUGCGAGACAGAUCACGUGGAUGUUUUUGUUGGACAUUCUUGGAGUGCCGGGCGCUGGCAAAAGUUCCUGGCUCUCUGCCUGUACUUCAACCUGCAGAUCGCACUGUGGUGCUCCAUCGGAACCUGGAUUGUAGCUGUGUUACUCCUGUUGGGAUGGGGCGGGUUGACGCAUUUGGGCGGCAGUUACCUUCUCCUUCCGUGCCUCGUGUACCUGCCAAUGACUGUGUUUGUCCUUGCCCUCCUAUUUGGGCAGCAGCUGCUCGGUGGAGUGUGUGGAUUCGGAUCAAGUUCCAUAUGGUUGGACAAGCUAUGUGUCCACCAAACAGAUCUGGAGCUGAAGGCAGUACAAAUAGCCGCCCUUCCCAUCUUCGUUGCGCACUCCAGCCGCAUGCUCAUCUUAUGGGACGACACGUACUUUGAGCGUUUAUGGUGCAAUCUCGAGCUCGCAACGUUUGUACAGUACCGUGGUGCAGAGAAUGUGGACGUGAUGCCUUUGUGGCUGGCUCCGUGGUUGCUUUUCUCAAUCCUCCUAGAUCUUCUGAGCGCCAGCCUUCUUGACCUCCUGGAGCACAUCUUCCCAAAUUGGAGCGCAGCAUGGAUGCAAGGAAUCAUGGGCAUCCUCGAAAGCGUCCUCGGGAAUAACCCAGCCAUGCUGAAGUUUGCAGGUUGGUUCGUCAUCUGGAUGAUGUCCAGUGUUGUCUAUCUGCCCGCAUCCAUACCCAGCUUCUUCUCCUUCCGCAUGAAGUUUCAAAGCCACCGGCUCAUGCUAGACCAGAUGGCAAACUUCGAUGUCCGCGCUGCGCAGUGCACCCUGCCGCGUGAUCGUGCGGCGAUUGAGCAGCAAGUGCAAGAACUAUUUCAAAAAAGUCAUCCUGCACGCAGUCAGGGCCAGAUGCCAAGCCUUGUCGAUGAUGGCGAAGUAUGCAUUCAGAGGUUUCAUCCCCUGACAGGAGUUGGGCUUGAUAGCUUGGACCGUUUCAACAGCUACAUCCGAGGGACCUUGCGUGAUUUCGUCAUAGCACAAAUCGGCCAUGAAGUGUAUGUGCCCUGGCGAGUUUGCCUGAUGGCUUUCCUGCCGAUGAUCUUCUACAGCUCGGUGAACAUCUUGGGCUGCGACAAUGGACCCUGCGAAGAAUCUGCACGGCUGGAAGGCUAUAGUUCGGCGGUGCAGUACAUGGCUGUGCAAACCAUCGGGUGGAGUCUAUGCAUCGUCACAGCAUUUCCCUUGACCUACCCGAUCCUCCUUCGCAUGGUGAAGCACGUGCUCUCUCACGGCGAGGGUCCUGCGCAACUCAUGGUUGCGUUUUUGUGCUGCCCCUUGUCCUACGUUUACAGCUACAUUUGCGGAAGCUUCAUCUGGGCGGGCCUUGUUACUCUUGUGCAAAGCUACUCGACGAUUCAAGUAGCGGUGUUCAUUGUCAUCAUGGCCCUUUUGGCGUUGCAGAUGAACCUGCUGUUCUCUAUCAGCAGCAAGCACGACCAUCACAUAUCCACUUCGUGCCGUUGCAUCAGACGGCAGGACGGCACUUAUGAUGCGCUCCCACAUCCCUGCUGA